UUUUAUGGAACCCUGCCUCCCAGCCGGGGCUCAGGGCGCCUUGGCACGCAAUCGAACUGAAAACUCGCAGGCAUGCCUCAGUUUCAUGACCCUAGUAGGCACCGCACAGAGUGCUCGUGAAUCUUGUGCCGUGAAUGCGGGUUGACGUCCUUCCAGCACGGCCUCCUUACGGGUGGGUGGCCCCGGAUAAGCCCUCGUGUCAGCCUUUCACGGCACAGCUCAGUCUCCUGUUCCUAAAACAUCAGCUCUAGCUUUGUCUCAGCUCCAAGAACGUGUGAGUCCUUAAAACAAAAACACCCUAGCAAGUUAAAUUAAAAAUUAGAAUUUAGGUUUAAAAAAAAAAAACAAAAAAAAACAAAAAACCCUGCAAACAUCUUCAAAUCUUUCAACCAAAAUCUAUGUAGAUGAAUGUGCGGACCAAAGUAAAGGAUCAAGAUCUUACAUUUAAAGAUGAGUCAAGGUUAAAAGUGAUGUCCUUUAUUAAAACAUAGUGCAGGAUUCCAAGUACAUAAUCCAUAGGAAGCUCCCUGAGAAUUGGGCAACCCAACGGUUCUCUGCUCUCUGGAGUUUUAAUGUCAGUUGUGACUUUUUUCUCACUCUCCAAAGCAAUGUGCAGUAAGUAAGUAUUCUAACCACCUGGCAGUGGGGGAGGUGAUGAGGAUGAAGGGAGAGGAAGAGGGAACAACCCAAUAAAUUACAUAGCAACAGACCUUCAUAUCAUCAUGAAUAAUUAGCUUUCCCACUUGCUUUGGAAGUCCCAGCAAGUACCUAAGGAACUUUUUAAGAAUCCUAAUCUCAAAAAAAAUGGGUGGUUUUAUGAUCAUUUCUCAAUUCUGUUGGCCUUUCAGCUUGCAUAACUAGUCCAUUGGCAUAACAAUAACUGAAGAGGUUUUAAAUAAAUGCCUCUAAAAGGGAGAGAGGGAGAGGAAAGCGAAAUAACAGAUACAUUUGUAUCUAAUGAGGACAAAUUAGAUAAAUAGGACGUUAUCAGCAGUUUGAUGCACAGCUGAUAAAAAUUGUCUUCAGCUAGGCGUCCUUGAGGUUGAUUACAGAAGUAACCCUAGCCUACCCCCACACCUAAAAUUUAUUUAAGAGACCAACCUAGGCACUUCCGGGCUUUUAGGAAGAAAACUGGUAUGGGGAAAUGUAUCCCUGGCUAGCUCUUCCAGGCCAUGGCACUUCUCAGCAACUUCUUCCUUUGGUUUUUCUGCUUUACGUUGCUGUGUUUUCCUAUUAGUCUUGGUUCUCAAGUUUCGAGAGGAGAAGCUCGGGCUGCAGCUGGAGCUGAGUCGGAAUCUGUGGCUGAACCUUGGUCAUUGCUGCGGCCUCCAGAUGGAAGAGACAGAUCUGGCUUCCUUUCUCCUCUUUUCAAGGUUCUAUAUGAUGGGCAAGGUGGCACACCUAGAGCUUUGCGCUACAUGAAGAGGCUCUAUAAGGCCUAUGCUACCAAGGAGGGGAUCCCUAAAUCCAACAGAAGUCCUCUCUACAACACUGUUCGGCUCUUCACGUCCUGUGCCCAGCACACGCAGGCUCCUGGGGACCAGGCGACAGGCUCUGUUCCACCUGUGGACCUGCUCUUUAACCUGGAUCGUGUUCCUGCCGUUGAACACUUACUGAAGUCGGGUUUGCUGUACUCUUUCAGCAAUUCCAUUUCUUUCCCCUCUGCCGUUAAAUGUCUGUGCCACCUGGUGAUCAAAGAGCCAGAGUUUUCUAGCUGGACCCCCCAGAGAGCUCCAUCCUUAUUGACCUUUAACUCACAGUUUGAAUUGAAAAAGAAAUACAAAUGGUUUGAGGUUGAUGUGACCACUGCUCUCCGGCCUCUAGUGGCCUCGCACAAGAGAAGUCUUCACAUGUCUGUAAAUUUUACCUGUGUGAGAAACCAGCAGCAGGAUCCUGUGGCACAUGAUGGGCCGUGGAAUAUGACUCUGCUGGUACCCCCGUCCCUGCUUUUAUAUCUGAAUGACACAAGUGCUCAGGCUCAUCACAGGUGGGAUUCCCUUCACUAUAAAAGGAGAUCUUCACAGAGGGCUGACCAGAAGGGAGGUCUGUCUGCCUGUCCCAUGGGAGAGGAAUCGACUGAAGGUGGAAGAUCUUCCCGUCACCGGAGAGGUCAGGACACCGUCAGCUUGGAACUGAACAAGCCUCUGGCUCCCGCUUCUUUCAAUCUGAGUGAAUACUUAAAACACUUUCUUUUCCCCCAACACGAGUGUGAGCUCCACGACUUCAGGCUGAGCUUUAGUCAGCUGAAGUGGGACAACUGGAUCGUGGCCCCACACAGAUACAACCCUCGAUACUGUAAAGGGGACUGUCCAAGGGCAGUUGGACAUCGGUAUGGCUCACCAGUGCACACCAUGGUGCAGAACAUCAUCCAUGAGAAGCUCAACUCGUCAGUGCCAAGGCCAUCGUGUGUACCUGCCAAAUACAGCCCUCUCAGUGUUUUGACCAUUGAGCCAGAUGGCUCAAUUGCUUACAAAGAAUAUGAAGACAUGAUAGCCACUAAGUGCACUUGUCGUUAACAUAGGCUUCUUGAAAUUAAAGCUUUUGAGCCUCUUCGGCAGAGGAAGUCCUGAGCGCCUAUCUGUGCCUUCAAGGGAGAGUUCUGGGUGUCAAAUCACUUUAAGUGCAGUAUGAGUUGUAUAAGGAGCCUGUGUGGAUGAACCCAUGGUGUGGCACUUGUCAGUGUAAAAUGGUAACAUCUGCCUUUAUUUCCAGAUGUAAACAAAAUAAUUCUGGAGGGCUUUCAACUUUUUUCCCUGAGCGAUUUUUUUUUUUCCUGGAGUCUUGUUUUUGAGUGAAGAGAAAAAUCUUAACAUAAAUCUUGGAUGGAAUUGCAGCUCUAAAUAGUUCAGAGUGCUAUAGUUUUAUUUCCUGGAAGA